AAGCAGUUAAAUAGAUUACUUCUUAGUAAAGUCCAUCAUGGAUGUUCCAAUGUGCCUUUCAAGAACUGUAUUCAUGAUAAAAAGAGAAGGCAUCAGAUAAAAAAUGGGAACUUUAUCUUGGCCCACAGCGACUUUCAUAACUGUGGUUGCUACUGUUUAUUUGGAAGCGAAGACAACCCCACCGACAAAGUACACUAAAAAAGCGUACAACAUGGAGAUUGUGAAUGUCUUCGAGACUUCGAUCGCACCACCGACAGAGGAGACUGUUUUCACUGACAUGCUUGAAACCAGUGACACCACCACUGAAUUGGCCACUUUAAACCCUGAUUUCAGGACUGCCACCACUCUUUAUCCUUUUGACAAUUUUACUCUUGAAACAGCUGAUUUUUUCUUUAACUGUUGUGACUGCUGUACACCUCUAGCUGGACCAAAGGGUGAUCCUGGACCAAUGGGACUGCCAGGUCCUAAAGGAGAUACGGGAGAUAUAGGACUACCAGGGCCACAUGGAGCUAUCGGUCUCCUUGGUCCAAAAGGCUAUAAAGGAGAUAAAGGUGAGAAAGGUGAGCACGGUGACCAAGGAGCAAAUGGGAUUCCCGGAUUCCCAGGAAAGCCAGGAGAAGCCGGUGAAAUGGGGCCAAAAGGAGAAAAAGGAAAUGUUGGACUUGCUGGCAUUAAAGGACAAAAAGGAAAUAAAGGAGAUAUAUGUGAAAAUGGCACAAAGGGAGACAGAGGGGAAAAGGGGGACCAAGGUUUGAUAGGGGUGGAUGGUGAGAAAGGGGACAAGGGUGAAAAAGGUGAUUUAGGAGACAAAGGAAACAUUGGAGACAUGGGAGAAAAGGGGGAAAUUGGAGAAAUUGGAGAGAAAGGAGGGAAAGGGGACAAAGGUAUUAAAGGAGAUGCUGGAUUGAAUGGUAUGUCAGGUUUAGAAGGAGGGCGAGGAGAGAAAGGAGAACCUGGACUGAAAGGGGACAAAGGUGAGAUGGGGGCUCCAGGUUUAAUAGGUCCUAUAGGUCCAAAAGGCAAUUUUGGCAUAAAAGGAGUUCGUGGAGCUGCUGGAAAAAAAGGUUCUAGAGGAUUAAAAGGCUCCAAAGGUGAUAAUCCCAAACCCAUAAAAUCUGCCUUUACUGUGGGCCUGUCAAAGCCUUUUCCCGCUCCCAAUGCACCUGUCAAAUUUGACCGAAUAAUAUACAAUGAGCAAGACGAAUAUAAUCCUACAACAGGAAAGUUUAACUGCACUAUUUCAGGAACCUACGUGUUUGCAUUUCAUGUGACAGUCAGAGGGCGCCCAGCUCGGAUAAGUAUUGUUGCCCAAAAUAAAAAGAUAUUCAAAUGUCGUGAAACACUAUAUGGACAAGAGAUUGACCAGGCCUCAGCCAUGUUAGUUUUGAAACUGAAUGCUGGAGAUCAGGUGUGGAUAGAGGUUGCUAGAGACUGGAAUGGCCUUUAUGUUAGCAAUGAUGAUGACAGCAUAUUUACAGGUUUCCUUUUAUACCCAGAUGACAAUGUAGAGAAUCAGCUAACUCAAGCCUAA